UAGUUAUGUUCAUUCCAAAUUCUCUCACAUUUUGGUUGUCAAAACAAUUGGAUUUCUUGCUAAUUACUUCCUCCACCUCCCCUCCUUACCUCCAUCUCUUCACCAUGAUGAAAGAGGUGAGCAUUGAAAUGUGAUGGUCGAUAAUAAGACCAAUUAUUUUCCAUUACAAUGGAGGGGAAGGUGGUGUCCGAUCAUGACAAUAUGAAUAAAGACACGACAGAGAAAGAAUAUAAGGUGACGAUAAAGCGAGCAUACAAAGUCUGGCAAGGAAAAAAUAUAUUCUUCUUUGGAGGCAGACUUGUAUUUGGUCCAGAUAUAAAGUCACUAAUACUUACGAUACUUCUUAUCGUAACCCCGGUUAUCUUAUUCUGUGUUUGUGUUUCUCAACGACUGAUUCACGAGUUUCCCAAUGGUCUUGGCAUCGCGUUUGUUGUCAUUCCGGCCGUCUUUACAGCUUAUAUUGUUCUCCUUCUCUUCCUUACUUCUGGGAGAGACCCGGGGAUUAUUCCUAGGAAUGCUCGACCACCAGAUCCGGAGGAUGAAGGUGAUGGCGCUGGGAUGUCAAUGUCUACGUACAUGUCUAUGUCUAUGUCUGUGGAUUGGGCUGCAAAUCCAAGUGGUGCUUCAACUAUACCACCGACAAAAGAUGUUUGUGUGAACGGAAAGGUAGUCAAGGUGAAGUACUGUCACACUUGCAUGUUGUACCGCCCACCUCGAUGCUCUCAUUGCUCUAUUUGCAAUAACUGCGUUGAGCGCUUUGAUCAUCAUUGCCCAUGGGUUGGACAAUGUAUUGGAAAGAGGAAUUAUCGCUUCUUUUUUAUGUUUGUGUCCUCCACAACAAUGCUGUGCCUAUAUGUUUUAGUCUUCUGCUGCAUAAACAUCAGGAAAAUAAUGCUAGAUGAGCACUGCAAUAUCUGGAAAGCUUUUGCAGAGUCAUCCGCGUCAGCCUUCCUCAUCGUUUAUACUUUCAUAGCUGUUUGGUUCGUGGGAGGGCUCACAGCCUUCCACAUGUACUUAAUUUCUACCAACCAGACUACCUAUGAGAAUUUCCGUUAUCGCUACGAUGGGAAAACAAACCCCCAUAACCGUGGAUUUGCAGGCAAUGUUGCAGAGAUAUUUUUCUCUAAGAUACCUGCUUCCAGGAACAAUUUCCGCGCAAAAGUGAAGGACCUUUCAUUUUCUGGCCUUUCAACCUCACUUUCCAGAGGUCGCACCACACCCAAGACAAGCAUCGAUAUAGAAACUGGUGGUAAACGGCAGGCUGUUGAUGCGGAGGAAUUAGACGACAUACAGAGUCAGAUUGGGAGUAUCGCCAGUUUGGAUAGGUGUGGGACAGAACCAAGACAUACCAAUUUGGGUCAGAACGGAGACUGGGAGAUCACAAGAGACAUACAUGCCCUAGCUGCAGAAUUUGGAUCACAUCAAGGUUUAAAGGAUACAUAAAGCAAAUUCAUAGGACCUUUUCACCCUCAGUCAGGAAAAGUGGGCAAUCUUUUUGGCCUUGCAAAUGACAGAGAGAGCAAAAGUUGCUAUUCAGCAGCUCCUAAUUGAUACAACCUGAUGCAAGGAGAACGUGGAGAUUGUGUUGCACAAUAGGAAUGCUUUUAUAGUUACAGUGAGAGAAUUUUCAUUUUUUUCUUUCUUUUUGGCUUUUCUCUGUGUCAUUGUAAUUAUUCAUCCCUGCAGAAAGAAAUACAUUUUGUCUGAAGUUUGGUCUGUGACUUUUGUUUCAUGAAUUGUAAUUGCAAGCUUAAAUUAGUGAUAUAUGAAUAUAGUA